AAUCAUCUUUGGCAGAUUCAUCUUCUUCCCCACAUCGCCCUAAAAUUUUCCCCAAUUGCAAAAUCAUGAAACCCACAUCUCGAAAUUUCCAGGUUUUCUUCCAAUCUCCCGACCUCGGAAUUCCUACGCGUGCUGUAAAUUUUCAAAACCCUAACCCUAAUCUCACCCUCCACCACCUCAAAUCCUCGCUAUUCCCCACGACUUCGAUCCCUCACGCUUCCUCCUUCUUCACUCUUAAUGGAAAACCGCUGGCCGAUUCAACUCCCCUCCUGCAAAACCGCGAAAUCGUCCCUUUCUCCACCCUAACCCUCCACAUCCGGCUCCACGGCGGCGGCGGCGAUGGUGGCGCCACGGGGGCGGAGUCGCGGGACUGCUAUCUGAAGAUGUACGCCGUGAAGAAGCCCGACAAGGUCGAUCCGCACGAGCAGCGCCUCUCCAAGUGGGUGAAUUGCAGCUUAUCGAACGAGCCGCUGAGGGCGCCGGUGGUGAUCGAUGCGCUGGGGAAUUUCUUCAACAAAGAGGCUCUGGUCGAAGCUCUGUUGAAGAAGAACAUGCCUAAGCAGUUUUGGUACAUCAAGGGUUUGAAAGAUAUGAUUCCGGUGGAGCUGACGGAGAGCCCGGGAGGCGGAGAGGCCAAGUUCCAGUGCCCGAUCACCGACCUCAAAUUCAACGGGAAGUAUAAGUUUUUUGCGCUCAAGAGCUGCGGCCAUGUCUUGAGUGCCAAGAGCUUUAAGGAGGUGAAAUCUUCGAGCUGCUUGGUUUGUCACAAGGAGUUUGUGGAGAGUGAUAAAAUUGUGAUCAAUGGGAGUGAAGAGGAGGUGAAGGAGCUGUGGGAGAAGAUGCUGGCGGAGAAGAAGGUUAAAGAGCAUAGCAAGAAAUCGAAGAAGGUGAAGAAUGGCGAGGAGGUGGGGCGAUUGACUGGGACGAAACAUGGCAUCGAGGCUCGUGGUCAGGGAGCAGAGAGUAAGAAGUUCAAGGUUGCUGAUUUGGCUCCUGCUCAUGCCACCAAGGAAAUCUAUGCGUCGCUCUUCACUUCAUCGAAGAAGCAGGAUUUCAAGGAGACGUAUAGUUGCAGAUCUUUGCCGCUUGGUCGAAACUGAAGGCUUGGUUAUUCAUAUCUAUAGAAACUGGUACUGUACUGUUAUUUGUUGAACUUGCAUUGCUUUCUUGGAGAUCCCCUGCUGCUAUGUAGAAAUCAUUGAUUUGAUGGCUAUCAAAGUUAUGCAAAACUGGAUUUUUUGUUA